UUGAAACGGAAAGCGAAUAUAUAAAAGGAGUGCGCAAAACGCAGUGCCGCCGUAGCCGUCAACAACGUUCGUCGCAGAGCUUAAGGGAGGGAAGAACAGAAUGGCUCAGUCUCUCCCAACCUUAAACCCUCCGAACGCCCUGAAAAACCCCAAACUCCUCACCCCGACAAACAAUCAAUCCAGGCUUUCGUUCUGUUCAUCAUCAUCGCGCAAGGCUUUUCCAAGAAUGAAGAAUAGUUACCCCUCAAUAUCUGCAGCGUCAGCAAUGCCGUCGAACCAGCAGCAGAACCAAAACUCGGCCGCGCUCGAGGCCUUAAUCAGCGGUGAGCGCAAGGAGGACGCCAUGGCGGCUAUCAAGACCUCGCUUUCUAAUUGUCUGUCGGAGACCCACCUCGAUUUAACCGUCCCUGGCCUCAAAUCCAAGACCCGCGGCAAGGUUAGGGAUAUAUAUGAUGGAGGGGAUUAUCUUGUUCUGGUGACAACAGACCGGCAAAGCGCAUUUGAUAGGGUUCUUGCUUCAAUUCCCUUCAAGGGCCAGGUGCUGAACGAGACGAGUUUAUGGUGGUUUGAUAAAACCCAACACAUUACUCCAAAUGCAGUGGUAGCAUCACCGGAUAAGAAUGUCACCAUUGCCAAGAAGUGUUCGGUUUUCCCUGUUGAAUUUGUUGUUCGAGGGUAUGUGACUGGAAGCACUGAUACAUCACUUUGGACUGUUUACAACAAAGGGGUUCGGAAUUAUUGUGGCAAUGCCCUCCCAGAUGGCUUGGUGAAAAACCAAAAAUUACAUGCAAAUAUACUUACUCCAACUACUAAAGCUGCAGAUCAUGAUGUCCCCGUAACCCCAGAUGAGAUAGUUCAGCAAGGGCUAAUGACUCAAGCUGAUUAUAAUGACGCGAGUAGGAAAGCCUUGCGGUUAUUUGAAUUUGGGCAGCGUGUUGCACUGGAACACGGUCUAAUAUUGGUGGACACAAAGUACGAAUUCGGGAAGGGGCCCGAUGGAACUGUUCUUUUGAUCGAUGAGGUUCAUACCCCAGACUCGAGCAGAUACUGGAUUGCUAAUUCUUACGAAGAUCGCUUCCAGAAUGGUCUCGAGCCUGAAAACGUUGACAAGGAAUUUUUGAGAUUGUGGUUUAAAAAUCACUGCAAUCCCUACGAGGAUAAGGUUUUGCCCGAUGCUCCAGAAGAACUCGUUGCUGAAUUAGCUUGGCGUUAUAUUUUCUUGUUCGAGACAAUUACAAAGUCCAAAUUCGAGCUGCCUUCCACAAAGGAGCCUAUCCACGAUCGAAUUUCAAGAAACGUUUCGCAAGCUCUGUCAUCUCUGCUGUAACUGGGGAAUAGACAUCAAUCUUUGAAUAUCUUUAAGAGAAAAAAACUCAAGCUUCUUAAAUGGUUGAAGGCUAGAAGCAUGCCUAAAACGCUAAUGCAAAAAAUGUUUGUUUUCAGUGUAAUAACUCGCAAAUCAUACAGGAAAAAUAAAUCAUAUUAUGAAAA